GUUUAAAAAAAACCUUGAACAAAAAAUUCAAAUGUCACAAAGACCUCAACUCGAAUGCUUCUUCGGUGAUAUAAGCAUCAUAAAUUAUGACCAUGACACUUCUGAAGGUAGUGAUGACGACAUUGCUACAAAUAGGCCCACAAAUAGGCCCAUAUACAAAAAAGACCUUGACACUACAUACAUAGACAAAGACACUGAUUUCGGUGAGAGAAACUUCAAUGACAAAGCCAAAGCUGGUAGACUCAAAAGCCUGGACAUUUACCAUAGUCACAGCAUUAGUGCCAUAAUCUUCAAAAGUGUAAUUGGUUCUGCAAUUUUGGGAAGAUAUGGUAAUAUAUAUUUCGUAGAAAUUGUCAGGUUCUGGUCUGACUGCAGCAAAAACUUUGGCAUGCUAUGGUUCAAUAGAUUCAUGACAUACAUUGAUGCUCUUCCCUUAGAGUAUUUUAAAUUUUAUUACUGCACAGUAGAUGAAAACGAUGAAAUUAAGCAAAAAGUCAAUGAAUAUAACUGGAACGAAGGGAAAGAGAUAUUGUUUUAUUUCAAUAACCAUGCCAAAUUAAUUGAAAAACUUCAAUCGUUGUCACAACCAGACGAACAUAUGAUGUUAGAAAUAUUUGAUGAACCAGUCUUAACAAGAAAGAGUGCCAAGUUUAGAAGGCUUUUUGAAAAUGAUCUGAAAUUUGAUUUUUGCAGACCCAUUGCCUACAAACAAAGAUUCAAGAUUUUCCAUAAUUACAAUAUUGGAUAUCCUGGAUUCGAUUAUUUUGCGUUAUAUCAUGAUAAAUAUUUUGUUGUUCGUGACGAACGCUGUCAUCACAUAAAUUAUGAUAAUUCAUCAUUCUUAUUAAUACAACAACAUCUAGAAGAAUUUGAGCGUUCUAUGAACAACAUGUUCCCAGAAAACAUUUUUGAUAUUUUCAUAUAUCAUAUUAAUGGAGAUGAUAUGUUAGAUGAAGGAAUUCAUCAGAAAGAACGUAUAAUUAUCAUUUAUGAAAAUAAGGAUAACUUAGAAAAUACAACUGAUAAAAUUAAAGAAUACAUCAAUGAGGCAAGAAUGUAA